AUGGAUGGAGCUCGUCUUUCUGUGAUUAUUGUAGGCGGCGGUUUGGGCGGAUUGGCAACUGCAAUUGGCCUACAACGAGUCGGUCACCACGUCGUUAUAUUGGAAAAGGCACCUGUUCUUGGUGAUAUCGGAGCCGGAAUUCAGAUGCCACCUAAUGCUACACGUGUGUUACAGCAAUGGGGCAUACUCCCGGAGUUGGAGAAGCUUUCCAUCGCGCCAGGAAAAGGCAUGAUGCGAUCCUACCGCGAUGGUGAAAUCUUGUCAACUGUCGUAAUGGGUGACGAUCUGUGCCAGAAGUAUGGUGCUCCAUAUCUUCUUGUUCAUCGGGUUGAUCUUCACCAUUUACUCGCAGAUGCGGCCCAGCGCGAAGGCGCCAUCAUUCAGCUGGGAUCUGAGGUUACUGGUAUUACUAGCAGCGCCAAUAACGGGGCAUUUGUGCAGUUGGCGAAUAAUACAUCGCUAAGCGCUGACCUCGUGCUUGCUGCCGAUGGGGAGCGAUCGCGUUGUCGAUCACACCUGCUUGGCCAGGAGUUCCCCUGGAGAGAUAGCGGCGAUCAUGUCUUCCGCGCAAUAAUACCGAUACAGGCUUUGCAUCAGAAUGACCAGCUGGGCCAACUAACCGAAGGGCUUAACUGGUGGAUUGGACCGCAGGGAAAUGCCUUGACAUAUAGCCUGAAGCGGGACAAUUUGUUCAAUAUAGUCCUCACGCAAGCCCAUGCACCUGAUGCCGAAGUCCAAUUUGCCCCCAAGCCUAUAGCCCAACCAGAAGUAGCAGCUGAAUUUCCGAAUUGGGACCCUUUAUUUCAUCGGCUUUUAACUCUAGCGAAUUCCUGCAGCCGUUGGACACUACUACACACCGACAUGGCGCCACGAUGGACAGCGGAGGCAGGCAAUAUAGCAUUAGUUGGAGACGCAGCGCACGCCAUGUUGCCCUAUACCGGUCAGGGUGCAGCCCUUGCCUUCGAAGAUGCGGCUACAUUAAGCAUACUUUUCGCGUCCCUGACGGACAAAUCCCAAAUACCAGAUAUGCUUACUAUUUUCGAAACGAUUCGAAAACCACGUGCGGCUGAAAUGCGGCGUCGUGUUCAAAUAGUACGGGACAUUUACUCCAUGCCUGACGGCGACCAACAACAUGAGCGUGACCGACAGCUACGCGAGCAUGAGCCGUUUGAUGGAUAUCCAAAUAUCUUGGCGGAUCCAGUACUCCAACGUUGGAUGUUCGGCUAUAAUGCGAUAGAGCAUGCGCGAGAGGCAUUGAUCAAGUUUGGAAAGGGGGAAUUCCCGGGUACACGAGGGACCUGGAAAUCAACUACGCAUCUUUAAAUAGAAUUGUUAGAGAUUGUUGGUUGACAUCAACGGGCGUAUACUUGAGGGCCUGUUGCACAAUGCAUUGUUUAUUAUCUUUGUGUGAUUGGGUUUAGACAUUAAAGGGAUUCGAUUCGCCGGCUGCAAC